AGACUUUAUGAAUUAGUUGACAGUUAUAUAUUUUCAACUUUUUGCCUCUCUUGAUUCGUUAUUUUGUUUUGUUAAAAAUAAUAACGUGUGUCCGCAAAUCACAGUAUGACUUCUGAAUGUGUUAAAGUCAUCGUGCGUUGUCGGCCGAUGAAUGAGAGAGAACACAAGCUGAAAUGCAAGUGUGUUAUUGACAUGGUGGAAAGUCGAGGACAGUGUGUUAUCAAAAACCCCAAUGAUGCGAAGGCUCCUCCGAAAACGUUCACUUUUGAUGGUUCUUACUUCAUAAAUUCAACGACAGAGCAGAUAUAUAAUGACAUAGCCUACCCACUUGUUGAGGGUGUCACGGAGGGCUACAAUGGAACAAUAUUUGCUUAUGGUCAGACUGGUUGUGGCAAAUCAUUUACGAUGCAGGGCAUAACCAAUCCUCCAACACAGCGGGGUAUUAUUCCAAGAGCCUUUGAUCAUGUGUUUGAGACUGUGUCUGUUACUGACGGAACUAAGUUCUUGAUUCACGCGUCGUACCUGGAGAUUUACAAUGAAGAAAUCCGUGAUUUGUUGGGCAAGGAUACGAAACAGAGACUGGAACUUCACGAACAUCCCGAGAAAGGCGUCUAUGUCAAUGACCUGUCGAUGCAUGCCGUCCACAAUGUCCAGGAGUGUGAACGAAUCAUGGCCCAGGGCUGGAAGAACCGAGCUACAGGGGCCACACUGAUGAACGCCGACUCAUCACGCAGCCAUUCCAUCUUCACGAUAUCGCUCGAGAUGGCCACAACAGACGAAGAGGGUGAAGAUCAUAUACGAGCAGGGAAACUAAACCUUGUAGAUCUGGCAGGAAGUGAGCGACAAGCAAAAACAGGUUCCACUGGUGACAGGUUGAAAGAGGCAACAAAAAUCAACCUUUCUCUGUCUGCUCUCGGUAACGUGAUAUCAGCUCUUGUUGAUGGGAAAUCAAAACACAUACCUUACCGAGACUCCAAACUCACUCGCCUGCUGCAGGACUCCUUGGGCGGCAACACAAAGACAAUGAUGGUCGCCUGCCUGUCUCCGGCCGACAACAACUACGACGAGACGUUAAGUACGCUGCGGUACGCCAACCGUGCCAAAAACAUCAAGAAUAAACCGAAGAUCAACGAGGACCCGAAAGACGCUCUGCUGCGCCAGUACCAGGAGGAGAUCCAGAAGCUGAAAGCUAUGUUGAUGGGUCAGAUUCCGCUUCCUACAGACGGGUUUUCAGAAAUCCAAGAUCUGCAGAAAUCCGAACAGAAAGUGGAUCCAAACGCUGUCACUCGCGAAGAACUGGAGGAGGAGAAACAGAGGCUGAGAAAGGAAUACGAGACAAAGAUGUAUGAAAUGAGCCAUGCUUAUGAGGAGGAGAAGUCAAACAAAGUCAAACUAGAAGAAGACAUGGCAAAACUGCGACAGUUUUACGACAGUCAGCUGAAGUCUGUGGACGGACAGUUAGCCCAUCUGCCACCAACAGCUGCAGUUCUUGGGGAAAUAGAGUGGUCUGCCGACACCCAGCGUGAUGUUGGUGAAACGCCAGUCACUAGCAGUAGCUUGGUGGCUGCCGAUGUGGUGGUUGGCGGUUCUGCCAUUUCAGUGGACAGUAAAAAGGAGAAACCCGCCAUGUCUGCACCCAAGGCUCGUCCGCAGUCUGUUUUAUCUGGGGACGUGGCGCUAAGUGGGCCAGAGUCCAUCCCAUCUGGGCAGUCAGUGAUUGAAUCAGAGUCCAGCAGUGAUGCAUCAAAAGUUGUUUCAGUUCAGAAUACAGAGACUGCGCAUGUUCUCCCAGAAGGAUUACAGUCACAGUUACAAACAUCAAACUUAACUGUACAAGAAGAGGCCAAGAGAAGGCUACGACUGCUGCAGGAGCAGAUGGUGGGGGGAGAGAACCUGUCUAAUGCUGCCCUUAAGGAGAAACAUCAGCAGCGGUUGAACUUUGCUGAAGAACGGAGACUACAUCUAGCUGAGGCGAUUGCUAACAUGGAUGAUGAUGAUAUGAAAAUGCUGGGCAUCUAUGAUAACAUCCAUGAAGAACUCAAAGCAAAGAAUAAACUUCUCGAAAAGGAAAAAGAAAAGGUGGAGUCCUUGCAAAGAGACUUGAUAGACAUGCAGUCAGAGUUUGAGUUUGACAGAAUCGACUACCUUGACACGAUACGGAAACAAGAAAAGCAAAUGAAGCUGCUUGAAGCCAUCGUAAACCGGAUCCACCCAUGUCUCCGUCGAGACUGCAACUACUACAACCUCGACAAAGUGAAAAUGGAGUGCAAGUGGGACGAGGAUGAACACAAGUGGAUUCUGCCCAAGUUAGUCGUAGAAAGAACGUCACUUCCAGCUAGUGGUCCAGGUUUGAAAUUUCUGUAUGACUCUGGCAGUGACUUUGACGAUGACAGACUAAGAGAGAAGUUGCGGAGGAGUGAUGACCAGUCGUCGGCGUAUUUCCAGCCGAAGAGAGCAAGUCAGCUGUUGAGCUCUCCAGAGGGUAUGGGGAAGAUGAACAUGCGUGACGUGCGUGAGUCUUACGGUAUUAACGGCACGAUUGAGCGACCCGAUGACUCGGUGACCCGAGGUUUGCGAGCGGCCCAGGUCCAUGGUCAGCUGACCACCGAUGACUCCCUCGUUCGAAGACCGGCCAGAUUGGAGUCACUGUCGUCCUCGGGCAUCAAGAAAUCUAGGAAGAAGAGGGGAAUGGAAUGAUACAAGUUUUAACUUGUCUUUAUGUUGUCAAUUGUGGGUGUCAGCUUCUUAGUCUUACUUAACAGGAAUGGGUUUCAACUUUCACCUUUGUUGGACUGACAUUUUAAAACAAUUUAUCACCGUGUUCCACUAACAAGCUAAAAUACAAAUGAAAGGAUUUCACCGUUUUAACUCUGAUAUUGUACCCAUUUUAGUUAGAUUUACAAAAAAAAACAAAGAUGGUAGGGAUCCACUUGUCAGAAAUUUUCAAUAAUUUGAUGACAGGAUGUCUGUUUUUCACCAGUAGAAUGAAGCAAUAUGUAAACGUUACGUUGUACAACAAACUCAUAUCUAUAAACAAAUGCAUAAAUUGCCAUGAACAUUACCAGUAAUUUUGGUAAUGGACCAGUACAUUUUGUGAUACAUAUUGUUUCAAAGCUAAGAACUGCAAAAGUAAAAAGGGCAGAAACGGUGGGGUGGGAUGUGGGGGUCACAUCCACAAAACAUUCCUGGUGGUAGAUAAAUAAAUAAAUCUUAGUAAAAGGCCCAAGUUUUUUUUAUGUCCUUUUGAGUGUUUUUUAUAGUCGGAAGUAUUAAGAAAUGACUGGUAGGUUAAACAUAAGUAAAAUCCAGAAGAAGAGGUGGGCUUUUGACAGGUUUGAUCAUAUACAAAAAGACAAGUAUAAAUCAACAGUUCUGUUUGAACAGAUGCUGGGUCUUUGGUGACAGUGAAAUCGGUAAAUAACAGAAUGAUGACUGAGUAUAUUAGAAAUGGGGACAGGUUCCACGACAUGCCUUAUCCAGUGAAUCUGCUUCCGAUUGUGCCCGCCACAUAUAUGCUUCAUUAAAAGUUCACUACCACCUGGUUUUUCUUAAAUAGUUUAGUGUAGCCAUUUUAAAUUUCAAGAUGGCCAUCAUCUUGGUCUUUGGGUGGGUGCUUUUUUAAUACAUAUUUAUUAAUAUCUCGGUAUCUAAAGAUGAUAGAAACUGGGUGUUUUUCGGAAGAGGUGACUUAAAAAAGUCCAUUUGCUGCUGUGAUAUGAUAUAAGUACAAACAAUUAGUUCCACUAGCUCAGACCAAAUAUUAAUUUCUUUGCAUAUUAUCCUGGCCUGUGGGUAACACUGAAUUUCCCCCCAAAAAACGAAAGAACUUAAAAGAAAUACAUCCGGACUGCAAAAGCAAAGAAGAAUGAAGAGAAAGUAUAUAUCAUGAUUGGAAGAGGUGACCCUUGACACAUGGAAGAUUUUGACCAAUCAACUGUUAGGAAGUUCGGACCAGUCCAUAGGACAGAGAAGAAAUACUCUGUUACCCAGAGGCCAGGAUAAGUAUUCAUGAGAAGAGAAAACAAUUAAAGUUUUCUACAGAUGCCAGGGCCAAGAGCUGGUAUAUAUGGUUAUAAAUAAAUUAGCUAGAUACAGUAAGAUCUGCAGUGUGAAAAUCUCUGAUGAUUGUGAAUAUUGGCUGUCUCUUGGUACAAACUGUUGAUGAUGCAUAAUGUCUUGUUGUGUAGACUCGUAUAUGUUGUUUGUACUUAAUAACAAUGAAAUACUAUUUUCAUAAUUGAAACUAUAGUCCUUCCUACAGGGAACACUGGUUUUAUUUACUGUCGUAUUUACUACAAGUUAUUUUUUCUGAGCUGAUUGUUUUCUAAAUUGGACACUAAUUUAAAAUAGUAUUUUUUGUUUGUUAUAUAUUUCCAAAACACUUUUACUUUUCCUCUUACAUUAAAUCAAACUAAAAUUAUUUACAAAAAGCAAUGUUCUAGGAGACUGGGAAGGGCGAUAGUGUUGUUUGAUAUGUACUGUGCCAUGUAGUUAGUGCUUGCUGUUACACAAAUUGUUUAAGUAUAAUUACUGGGUGAAUCUUCCAUUAACACGGUUUCUGUAGUAUCUGUUGUACAUUCCACCUCACUACUGAGGAAACCGCAGAGUGUGAUGUCACAAACUUAGUAUGACAAAAGGUAAAGCUGUCUGAUGAUAGUGGCCAAUUUAUAUAAAUUUGUCUUUGGUGUGCUAUUAUUGUAAGGUUGUAAAUAUAGACAAAACCAUAGAUAGAAGAAUCCAGAAUAUUUGUCCUGGAAAAUCUUAUAAAAUGUUGCCAUAUUUAUAACUUGAUAUAUCCUACGUAAAUAUGUAAUUCUUGUAACUGGUAUCUAGCACAGUCAGACCGUGUUGCAAUGACUAUCAUCAUAACAUUUACAUCAUCAGAUUUAAGUUAUAUGGAAACAAAUGUAUACAACAUUGGAAACAAAUGUAUACAACAUAUGAUAAAUGUCAUGCAUUAUAACAUAAUCCACUUUCAGACACUGAAAGGGCAAAUUUAUAACAAACAUACAAAUUUCUAUUUCAUAUGCUUCUUUUUUAAUGACAAAAGAAGAAUCGAAUUAGAGAAAUUGUUUAAUUACUUUUAACAACCUAAGCUUGUAAUGUAUAGGUGACUGUUAUAGUCACCUUGAAUCUCGCACAGAGCCAUUAAAUCUUACUUUGGAUGGUAAUCAUGACAGCGUCAAACACAGUGUAAUGACAGAGUGACCAUGGGACAGAGGUGGUCAUUAUAACGAGGUCUGACUGUACUUAAAUACAUUUGAGUGCUGAGAUUAUCAGGGAAAUGGCAAUUGUUCUGGUUUUCUAGUGAAAUACUUAUAGUAAUGUUUGUUCACAAUUGCAAACAUUCCUUUGUACAUUUUCAUUCUUAUAGCUCAAGACAUUCAAUUCAUGAGUUGCAAUAAAAAAUAAAACAUCCUUAACAUUUGCAAAAUGGUUUAAUAUUAGUUAUUGCUACAUGAAUGUUAUUACUAUUUUAAUGUUAUGUAAAAUAUUUAUCAAGAGCAGUUUAUUUAAUUCCUAAUUCCAUUAAAUGCAUUCCAACUAUUAAUCAGUAUUUUAUUUGUUUAAAAACAAAACAACAAAAAUACAAAAUAAAAUUAAUUUCAUACGGUUCAAUUGUUAAAUAUUGUGUCAAAAGCAAAACUUAAAUUUCUGAUGCUUUACGUUAUGUGAGUGUAAAACAUUAAAUGUUAUAUUCACAAUUAUAUUUGACACAUUUUGUGCUACACGUAAGAAUCCUAGACCACAGUUACUUGAAACACAUCAUAAUGGUAGUUAUUUUUACCUUUAUAUUUAAGUUAUUACCCGGGUUAUUGUUGUCAUAUAGAUGUGAUGUAUAGAUUGUCUUGUUGUCCUUCCUCGUGUCAUAUUUAUUAAAAGUGCAAUGUUGUUUGUGUUCCUAUGUUAUGACUUUAUUUAUUUUCCAUUUGCUAUUUAUUUUUCCUAUAAAAUCUGAAUUAUUUCACUUACUAUAUUUAUUUUAACGUAUUCCCUCUAAAAUUAUGCCUUUGUCUAAUUUUGAAUUUAACAAGAUGCCAACUUUGACAAGCAUGAACAGGUGAUGUUUUUCAUUAAUAUUUAAACACACUGUCAGGUGGCAAGAUUUGACCCUACUGCAGUAACUCACCCAGGAUCUUUAUGACUGAACCAAUAAAAGUAUGUUUUAAUGAGUUUGCAAAGCCAUGUUUAAUGAAAUAUUUAAGUGAAUCUGUUAUAGUGGUAGUUCUUUUUUAAAAACCUCCCAGUUCAACAUCAGGCCUUGCAGACUGAGAGGUUAUUUUAAAAUAUUCCUCACUGUCCAUCUCUUUUGAACAAAACACUGUUUUGAUGACUGGUUAUAAACAAAGAUUACUAGACGUGACAACUUAUUUUUGGUGUCCAUUCACAAGCAGUGGUCAAAUUUUACGUGAUUAUUUAUGGUUUUGAAAACUGUCUCACUUUCAUUCAGUAUUUUGGUAUCUACAUGUAUAAUAGCUUUGUCCUAUGUUUUGGUACCUGUGUCUUUAAUAGCUUUGUCAUGUGUUUAGGUACCGGUUGCUAUAAUGAGGUUUUCUAUUUAUUUCUCAUUCUGUGGUCAUAAUUAUAAGCGCUGGAAGCUAGUGGAAUGUUUGUCACUUGUGCCAUAGUUUUUCCACUUGAAUAUAUUUCGCUUUAGUUCUAUUCAUGCAUGCCUGUUAUGCCAGAAUAGGGUAAAGAAAUAAGUAUUAUAUAUUGGUGAUAUUUUGUUUUAACACAUUAUACACUACUGUGGUGAUAGUCGUUUGAGACAUGAAGGCCUACCUUACAAAUAUACAAUAAAGGCUGAGCUUGUGUAUUUUUGCCUUGGUUCUAGUCAUGCAUUCAUAACACCAUCCCUUGCCAGAGAAGAAUGAUAGCUAACGCACUCUAUAAUGUAAUCAAAUAAUGAUUUGUAUAAAUAAUAGAUUAUAGGGUUAGAUUAUAAGUUCAAAAUGAACUAAUGAAAUAUUUAACAGUUAUGGUUCAUUUGAUAAGUUUUUAGGUUAAAUGGGGAAUUGUUUUAUGCUUUAUUUUAAAUGUUUGUUUUCUGACUAUUUGUUAUUCAUGAGGUCUAAACAUAAACACUUCUUAAAUUAGGCCUUGUGGUUUUAACAUGACACAACCCGAUAUUUUUUUCUGGUGAUUUAUGGACAUUUUGUAAAGAACCAUGAAAAAGAAACUGGACAUUUUGAAGAUCUGCGUUUGGGUGUGUUACAAUCUUUUAAUUCUGUGGUGUACAUUUUGAAAUUACUGUAAACUCUGAAUGAUGAAAUACAUUUUAGAUAAACAAGAAACAGAACUGAGAUUGAAAAACAGUUGGUAAUAUUAUUUAACAAAACACAUGUACUGUUAUUUUACAGGUUUUAUUGUAAUUACUUUUUAUUGUGAUUACAUCAUAAACUAAUGUUGAAGUGUUUUUAGCUUUUAUUUGUAACAUCUUAGGUUUGUUGCGUCUCUGUCCAAUAUUUAUGAUUGUGCGUAAAUUAGUCUUUAAUUUUUAAUUACAGAUAUUCCAGAUAAUAUAUAAUAUUUGGUUUACAGUCAGUUUUCUACAAGUUGUUUCUUGUACUGGCAACACAAAAAGUUUGAAAGAUUAAUCUUGUGGAUAUGAAUAGGAGAAUGUGUUGAAUUAUUGUUAUUAUGACUUUAUAGAUCUAAUGUUGUGUCCUGUGAUAAAAAGAAAAUUGUGUACAUACAUGAAUUGUUUUAUAUUUUUUCACAUAAUGCAUAUUGAAUGUAUUUAUUGUCUCGCCUUCAUAAAGUAAAAAGACAAGAUAUACCAUAGGCAUUAUGUUUCCGGUGUUGAUGGCAUCAAUGUUUUCAUUUAGUCAAGUUAAAAGUUUGACAUGUAGAUCCAUUUUUGUCAAACUAUAAGUCAUACAUCAGUGAAACUUGGUUUAUAGUUGCGACUUUCGAUGUGCAUAACAAUGCAUUAUAAUAAUAAUUAAAUUAACAUUUUAAUUGUAUAUUUUAAAAACAUCAUUAGUUUAAUUUUUUUAUUUUUAUUUUUUUAUUUUAGUAUAAUGUUUUUAAAACAUUGAAAUGAACAUCUAUGAAUGCAAUUGUCAGCCACAUCAAGUCAGUUUCUGCUAGGUGAGGCAUCCUAUUCUGUGGCGUUAUAGACAUGACAUGUUCUGUGAUAAACAAAAUGGGUGUACGUACACGAAUUGUUCUAUUGUAAUGGUUGGAAACAAUAUAUUUUUUGUAUUUGCUCCAAGUGUAUUAAUAUUUAACAAAUCAAAAUAAGUAUUAAUUUGACAAGUUAAGAGACUGAAGUUAUUUAGCAUGAUUUUGUCAAUCAGUGUAGAUAUUGUCAAUUGAAGGAAUUCAGACCACAUUUUCAAAUAUUUAUAUUAACAAUAUGAAAUUGUUUUAUUCCACCCACAUCUUAACAUAAUUAUCAAAUAAAAUGAAAUUUUGUUUUUCGUCCACAUUUUAAUAUAGUUAUAUACAUGUUAGUCAUGAGAAAUAACAUGCCUGAUAACCUAUAGAUGAUAAAGUCAUUUAAGAGAAAUGGGUCCAUAUCUGUACAACAUUUACGGAGCAGUUCACCUAUUACUAGUAAUUGCCUUUUUAAAAGAGAUCUAUUAAUUAUGAAUUUGAAAAGAGUUCAAGGGUAGGACAUAGCCCUGUGGUAAAAUGCUCACUUGAUGCUCAGUCUGUCUAGGAUCGAUUCCCAUCAGUGGGCCCAUUGGAUUAUUUCUUCUUCCAGCCAGUGCACCAUGACUGGUGUAUCAAAGGCCAAGGU